GCCCACUCAGCAUGUGACACAACAAGGAAGUAGAAAUUUAACUUUUCAUUCAAAGUCUGACUUUUUAAAAUCCCGCAGCUCGUCUGUAAACAGCUGGAGCGCGGAUGUUUCUCGUUCUGCGGCGGCUCGAACAGAAAUGACUGAAGGAAAGAACUCCCUUCUUUAUUUGACUCGGUUCUAAAGUCCGUGUGACGUUAUCUCACAGCAGAAUGUUUACAUCCGUCCUCUGCACGGUCACGUUACUGUUCGCACUCGCUCACGCGUCUCUCCCGCUCGUCAUCAACACGUGGCCUUUCAAGAAUGCGACGGCUGCAGCGUGGAGUGCCCUGCAGUCCGGAGGCUCGGUGCUGGAUGCAGUGGAGGAGGGCUGUGCUCGCUGUGAAGUGGAGCAGUGUGAUGGAACUGUGGGCUACGGCGGGAGCCCCGACGAGUCUGGAGAGACGACACUGGAUGCCCUGAUCAUGAAUGGGGAUACAAUGGAGGUCGGUGCAGUCGCAGACCUGAGAAGAAUCAAGAAUGCCAUCGGAGUAGCAAGGGCCGUUAUGGAGUUCACUGAUCACACACUGCUAGUGGGAGAGGCAGCCUCCAUGUUUGCUGAAAACAUGGGCUUCCUUGCAGAGGACCUGACUACCAACAACUCUGUGAAUAUUUUCUCUCGGUGGCUGGGGAGCAACUGCCAACCUAAUUAUCGAAAGAAUGUAUUUCCAGAUCCCUCCAAGUCCUGUGGACCCUACAAGCCCAGGGCGAUACUGAAAGAGGAGAAGAGGGCCCAGCAUGCUAAUACGCACUCCCACGACACCAUAGGGAUGGUUGCUCUUGAUCAAGAUGGCCACGUGGCUGCUGGUACAUCGACCAAUGGAAUGAAUCACAAAGUUCCCGGUCGUGUUGGGGACUCUCCUAUAGUUGGAGCUGGGGCCUAUGCAGACAGCUCAGCUGGUGGUGCCUCUGCGACCGGAGAUGGAGAUGUCAUGAUGCGCUUUCUCCCAAGUUACUUGGCCGUGGAGCUGAUGAGGACCGGAGCAGAUCCCUCAGCAGCCUGCAAGAUGGCCAUCUCCAGAAUCAAGAGGCAUUACUCAGAGUUCUUUGGAGCCAUCAUCUGUGCUAACACAACAGGCCAUUAUGGUGCAGCCUGCAACAAAAUCCCUGGAUUCUCGCAGUUUCACUUCAUGGUGUCAAACUCCGAGUCAGAUGCACCACUUCUCAAAUCCGUGGACUGCUUCUGAAUAGUUUUUAUUCUCAUGCCUCUCUUUUAUAUUUAAAUUAAUUGACAGACUUCACAAUGAAUUGUAAUGCUGAUACUGGUUUUAUUCAAAAAUGAAAUAAAUUAAAAAGGAAAUAAAUGCGCAUGUCAUUUAACAAUA